AUGGUUUCUCUCAACCUCGCCCUCUCCCUUCUCCUCGCCACUGGAACCCAAGCCUUUGUUCCAGCUGCCAACAAGCCUUUCAACAGUGCCCUGAACGCUGUUUCCAAAAAGGACACGUAUUCUGUCACCUUGCUUCCAGGAGAUGGUAUCGGUCCUGAGAUUACCGCCGCCACCAAGGUUGCCUUGGAGGCUUUGACUACCAAGUGCGGCUUUACAAUCGAAUUGAAGGAAGCCUUGAUCGGUGGAGCCGCCAUUGACGAAAAGAAUGAUCCCUUCCCCCAAGAAUCCUUGGACCAAUGUUUGGGAUCCGACUCUGUCUUGUUGGCCUGCAUUGGAGGAUACAAAUGGGAUAACAAUCCACGUGAACUCCGACCGGAAUCUGGUUUGUUGAAGAUGCGCAAGGAAAUGGGACUAUUUGCAAACUUGCGACCGGCCAAGGUCUUGCCUCAAUUGAUUGACGCCUCUACCCUUAAGCGUGAGGUUGUCGAAGGCGUCGAUGUCAUGGUCGUUCGUGAAUUGACUGGAGAUGUUUACUUUGGAACUCCCAAGGGAAUCGAUGUAAUUGAUGGCCAACGUGUCGGAUACAACAACAUGAUCUACUCGGAAAGCGAAAUUGACCGUAUUGCCCGCGUCGCCGGUGAUGUUGCUUCAAAGCGUGGUGGAAAAUUGUGCAGUGUCGACAAGGCCAAUGUCUUGGAUGUCAGUCAAUUGUGGCGUGACGUCGUCACCCAAGUGAUCACUGACGAUUUCAAGGAUGUCGAAUUGAGUCAUAUGUAUGUGGAUAACGCUGCCAUGCAACUCAUCCGAUGGCCCAAGCAAUUCGAUACCAUUGUCUGCGGUAAUAUUUUUGGAGAUAUUUUGAGUGACGAAGCCAGUAUGUUGGUGGGAUCUUUGGGUAUGUUGCCUUCAGCAUCCAUUGGAGAAUCUGGACCAGGUGUCUUUGAGCCAUGUCACGGAUCGGCCCCCGAUAUUGCUGGAGAAGAUAAAGCCAACCCAUUGGCUAUGAUUUUGAGUGCUGCCAUGAUGCUUAAAUAUGAUUUGGAUCGUCCUGCCGAGGCCCAGAUGUUGGAAGAUGCUGUUGAAGCCGUCUUAGACCAAGGCAUCCGAACCCCAGAUAUCAAGCAAGAAGGUGAUGGAUGCAAGCUUGUUGGAUGCAAGGAAAUGGGACAAGCUGUAGCAGACGUUGUUGCCAGUAUGGCCUUGAACUAA